AUGUCCAAGGGGAGCAAGUACCUACUGGUGUCGCUGCCGACGUCUAUCUCGCCCUCGAACCACGCCGAGGAGGCCUUAACAGCUCUACGCUCUACUGUCACCAAUGACGUGGGGAACACGUCCCCGUUCGCGAUACCCAACUUCAAGAUCGGAACCCUAGAUGCACUGGUCCAGCAGGCCGAUGAUCUUUCCAAGCUCAAUAAUGCGUGCGAGGCGGUGGUAGCCAAGGUGGGCGACAGCCUCAGGCAGAUACUAGACGGCGAUGAGGGCAAGAUACAACAACAGAAGACGAUAAACGACAAGCCUGUUGAUCAGUACCUGCGCAAUUUCCAAUGGAACAAGGUCAAGUACCGGGCAGACAAGCCCAUUGCAGACCUCAUAGACGCCUUGCAAAAGGAGAUCCAAGGUGUCGACAACGACGUCAAGUCCAAGAUGAGCCAGUAUAACCAAACCAAAGGCGCCCUUCAAGCCGCCGAGCGAAAACGCACAGGAAACCUCGCGACCAAGUCCCUCGUCAACGUCGUAAACCCCAAAGCCAUCGUCCGCGAUUCGGAAUACCUUGACACGCAUCUCAUCGCUGUCCCGAACAACAACGUGAAGGACUUCUAUAAGGAGUACGAAGAACUAUGUCCGAUGGUUGUCCCCCGCUCCGCCAACGAGCUUGCCCAAGAUUCAGAGUUCACAUUGUUCGCUGUGACUACGUUCAAGAAGCAUUCCACGGAGUUUGUGCACAAGUGCAGAGAGAAGCGGUGGACACCAAGAGACUACCAGUACAAGGAGGGUAACAAGGAAGAGGAAGCCAAGGAGGCAGAGCAAUUAGCCAAGGACGAGAAGAAGCUGUGGGGUGAGGCAUUACGGCUGGGUCGCACAGGCUAUAGCGAAAGCGCCAUGAUCUGGAUCCAUGUCCUGGCACUGAGAGUGUUUGUCGAGACAGUGCUGCGAUACGGUUUACCACUCGACUUCGUAUGCGGCAUAGUUCAGACCGACGCAAAGUCAGCUAAGAAAGCAAAGACAAACCUCGAUGCGGCCUACUCAUACCUUGGCGGCAACGCCUUUGGCCGCGACAGCAAAGGUCGGAUCCAGAAGGACGACCAGGCUCUGUCAACUGAUAUGGCACAAGCUGGACAGAUGGGCGACCAAGAGUACACGGCGUAUGUCUACUAUGAGUUUGAGGUGCUAUAG